AUGAAAUGCACAGCUGCAGUGCUUGCAACGCUGUUUGCAUUCCAGCAGAGGUGUGACAGUUUUGACGGAAUCUACCACACCGUGGACAUCCUAGACACGGCAGGGUCGCACCACUUCCCGGCCAUGCGGGAACUGAGCAUCCGCUCCGGUCGGGGCUUCGUGCUCGUCUUCUCCGUCGACAGCUUACAAUCUUUCCACGAGGCCGCCCAGCUAUGGCAUCUCAUCGCAAAAAUCAGAGGCGAACGCGUGCCCAUCGUGCUGGUCGGAAACAAGUCGGACCUGAUCUCCAACCGCCAGGUGUCCCAGGACAUGGCCAUGAAGCUGGCCCAGGAGAGCAUGCACAACUGCCGCUACCUCGAGACGAGCGCAAAGUACAACGUCAACGUGGCCGCGCUGUUCGUCGAGCUGCUCCAACAAGCGUGCGCAAUGGAGCGACAGCAGCCGCCGGACCGACCACCGGAUUCACCGCUGCUCCAACCGAACAAGUCCACCUCGCGUCGGCUCUCUCACCGGCUCAGCUCGCUGGGCAGUCUGCCCAGCAUGCGGCGCAAGUCCAGCGCCGCGUCCACGACGGGGGGCUGCGGUGCGGGAACGUGUCCCUCGCCUUCGACCCCGAGAAGCCGAAAGGCGUCUAGACAAGUCGAGUCGUCGUCCUCAGCGGCCGCGGCUAACAACGACGGCGUACAGGACCCGGACCAGAAGUGCCACAUUUUAUGA